CUGCGAGAUGAGGAAGAAAGUGAGGAGGAAGGAGAGCACCGAACUUUAAAUUUACGCAGUACAGUUUGCCAUCGGUGCUGACAGAAGAGAGUAGUAUAAAUUUGGAUUUCACCCUUUCUAAGUUUGAGAAUGAACCAUCAGUUUUCAAAGAUGCAUUGACAAGAGACAAGAUGGAAGUGGAGGAGACUGGCGAAGCAAGGACUUCCUGGUCAGGAGAGACUCAGUCCGUCCUCUGUGACCAUGCUGGGAAGAAGAGAAAACAAGACCCAGUCCCUGAACCUGUGGUCAGAAUCAUAGAGGAUGACGAGGAAGAGGAGGAAAAUGAAAUGAAGUCUGACCACAUAAAGGAUUCAGAGGAACCCAGUCAUAAAAGAGUAAAACCGGUGGGGAAGUCUAAUAGCCUAACAGGUGUCAUAACCCCAGUGAAGAAACCCACUCUGAUGCGCAUUGGGCAGCAUAUUUCGCGUUCUAUUAGCUUUCGCACAGAUGCUCGACCUUUGCCCCCAGCUCCUCUGCGUUCCCGCACAAAACCCUCUUCGUUUCCACGUCGUCGCAACAGCCAGUGCUGGAGUGACACUGUGGAAAACCAUGACCUUACAGCAAAGGAAAUUAAACGGCAAGAGGUGAUUUAUGAGCUGACUCAAGGAGAGAGACAACUUAUAGAUGACCUCAGUUUGGUCAAGAAGGUGUACUAUGAACCAAUGCUUAAGUUGGACAUAAUGACCGAGAGUGAGCUUGGACAGAUCUUUGGUACUCUGGACUCACUCAUUCCCCUCCAUGAAGAUCUACUGAGUCGCCUUGAACGGCUGAGGGGAUCAGAGAAGACAGUUGGGGAGGUGGGGCCUACUCUGAUGAACUGGUUCCCUUGUCUGGAGGCCUAUGUCACAUAUUGCUGUAACCAGGUGGGGGCCAAAGCUUUGCUAGACCAGAAAAAGCACGAGAAAAGAGUGGAACACUUCCUGCGCCUGUGCCAGGAGUCUUCCUUCAGCAGGAAAUUGGACUUGUGGAACUUUCUCGAUCUCCCUCGAAGCCGUCUGGUGAAAUAUCCUCUGUUGGUGAAAGAGAUACAGAAGUGCACGCCUUCAGACCACCCGGAUGAGGACACGUUGCCUGAUGCUUUGGAGCUGAUCCAGAGCAUUGUGGCCGAGGUGAACAAGAAGACAGGGGAGGCAGAGUGCCAGUUCUACAGACGGGGUCUCAUCUAUCUCGAAGACAGUCAGAGACUAUCAGAGAUUCAGCAGUCCCGCUUCCUCUACUGCCACGGAGAGCUCAAGAACAAUAAGGGACAGCGGCUGCAUGUGUUCCUGUUUGAGUUGGCUUUGGUGCUGACCAGACCAAUGGAGGACAGAGAGGGCGGCCAGCUGUUUAAUGUGUACCGACAGCCACUGCCCAACGCCUUGAUAAAUUUGGAGGAGAUUCCAGAUGGUGAAGCUGGUGGAGGAGGUACCUUCAGAGGAGCUUUCACUGGGGGAAAUGAUAAAGUGAAGAAUUGUUUCCGUGUGAGCAGCAGAGGGCGCUCCAAAGCCAACCCUUACAGCCUGCAGGCCAACGACUCAUUCAGCAAGCAGCAGUGGAUCACCUGCCUGCGUCAAGCAAUUGUGCAGUCGCGAGACAGGACCGCUCAGACCAGCCAGUCGCAGCUCCCCCUUCACCUUGAUCCCGCCCUGUGUCACAUAGCUGAGCUCAGCCUCAGCUCGGACACAGACAUGGCAGACCAUACUAGUCGCUGACUGACUGAUCACCAAGUGGCCUGUGGAGUUUCUGUGGACAGGAGUGGAGAAAAUAAAUGGAACUGUUUGUGAAAUAUGAUUGUAGUUACUCAACACACACACACGUUUUUUCUAUUUUUAUUUUAGUUUUAUUGUUUUUUUUUAUUUUUAAAGGUUUAUUUUAUUUAGCUUUUUGUGACCGUGAUGAUGAGGACUGUGCAAACUGGGAACAGUAUUACAGAAUGUCAUCUUUGCAAUGUGAAUGUUUUUGUUGUGUUUUUUAAUAAACUGACACUUGAAAGAUCA